AUGAAAUCUCCAGCUGCAAGGCUGAGGGUGGCGGCUAAUGAGAAGGCAGAGGCCGAGAAAAUUCUGCAAAUUAAGCGAGCCGAAGGUGAGGCUGAGGCGAAGUACCUGUCGGGCUUGGGAAUUGCUCGCCAACGACAAGCAAUCGUUGAUGGGUUAAGAGACAGUGUGCUGGGCUUCUCUGUCAGUGUGCCUGGAACUACUGCAAAGGACGUUAUGGACAUGGUCCUUGUCACUCAAUACUUUGACACCAUGAAGGAGAUUGGCGCUGCCUCCAAAUCCUCUGCUGUGUUCAUACCUCACGGGCCUGGCGCUGUGAGCGAUGUGGCCACUCAGAUCCGCAAUGGACUUCUUCAGGCAUCGCAGCUUUGA